AUGACUAUUUGUAAAUUUUUUAUUCAAGGAAAUUGUCGCUUUGGUAACAAAUGCUGGUACGAGCAUCCAAGCGGUGCAAAUGGUGCACAGCGACACCUGAAUUUCAGUAAUUUUGGUGAGAAUAACAGCCAAGGUGGGAGUGGGGGCUUCCAGACCAAUGCUCGACAAGGAAACCAACAGCAACAACAGCAAAAUAAAUAUAAAUGGACAGCACCACAUUUAUCAUUUGGAAACAGCUCUGCUUCACAGCAGCAGCAGCAACAGCAGCAGCAGCAGUUGUUGCCACCACAAGAAAUCAUUUCUGGUUUAUCACGAGAGAUUAGAACAUGGGAAUCUUCAAAGAUGUGGCUCCUAUCUUGUGUCAGUUUUGAAAAGUCUGGACCAUCAAUUCCUGGAAUGACAGAUAUGUCCCCUGAAGAACUGCGUUUCGAAGCAUAUGAAGCCCAGAAGAAUGAAAACUUUCAAGAUUAUGUUCUUAAAGUGCAGCAGAUGCACAAUGACUAUAGUGCCAAACGACAGGAACUUAAGUCACCCUCUAAUCAACUUCGAGACAAAUUAAUUGAAUUUAUAGAGACAAGCAGAAAGCAACAGGCAAUUACUUCUGGGAACAGUUCUUCAAGAUUUUCAGGUUCUGGUGGUUCAGCUUUUGGAUCUUCAAGUGUGCUAGGACAGGGAAGUUUUGCAGCAGAAACUAUUUCUUUUUUUCUUUUCAGCCCCCCCUCCUCCUUUUUCUUGUUCCUUCUUUCUCUCUCUUAA